UCUCAACAACACAACAUCAGCAACCUCUCUCUCUCUCUCUCUCUCUCUCUCGUUCGUUCCACCAUCGUCAUCGCCACCAUCAUCCUCCCUCCUCCCUCCUCCUUCGAGCUCGGCCCAUCUCCCUCCCUUAUUUAUGGACACAGCCGGAUGGGGCCUCACCCUCGACUCCUCCUCCUCUGACUCCUUCUUCCCCAAAAAGCCCUCCGGCUUUCUGAAGCUCAAGCGCGACCGCGACCCCCUCCCCACCCACUCCUCCGGCCUCGGCGACUCCUCCUCCGCCGCCGCCGCCAGGAUGUUCCCCGCCAUUGACUUUUCCUCCACCCUCGGCCGCCACGACCCCAACCCGCCGUCUUCGUCGCCGCCGGAGGCGGCCGACCGGCCUCGGGUCGUCGUCGGCGAGGUCGACUUCUUCUCCGAUAGCAAGAACAGAUCGUCUCUAGCCGCCGGUGGCGAGGAGGCUAAGGCCACCAGUGUGAGCGUCAAGAAGGAGAGCUCCGCUGCAGCCGCCGCCGCCGCCGCCGCCGGUGCGAGGUCGGAGCUGAACGUGAACACUGGUUUGCGCCUCCUCACUGCUAACGCCGGGAGUGACGAGUCAACCGUGGACGACGGAGUCUCAUCUGAUGUCGAGGACAGAAGAGCCAAGAACGAGCAGUUGGCUCACCUGCAAGUGCAGCUGCAGAGGAUGAACGCGGAGAACCACAGGUUGAGAGAGAUGCUCGGCCAAGUCUCGAGCAACUACAGUUCAUUGCAGUUGCACCUCUCUUCGCUGCUCCAGCAGCAGCAGCAGCAGAACAAUGGAGCUGAGCUCACGCAAGAUCGCGAGGGCAUGAUUGAGAAGAACCAAACGGUGGUCCCGAGGCAGUUUCUUGAUCUCGGCCCGGCAUCGGCCGACGAGAUCUCGAACUCUUCGUCGGAAGAGCGAACCAGGGACGGUUCGAGGUCGCCGCUGCACAACGUGGAAGUCGCGUCUUCGGCAGUGGUUCACAACAGCAAGGUCGACCAAGAUAGCUCCGGCACUAGAGACGGCGGUAAAAGAAGCGUUAGGAACGAGAGCCCCGACGACUCGGAAACUCAAGGUUGGGCUCCCAGCAAGGCGCCCAAGUUGGACGCUGCGGCGAGGACGAGCAUUGAUCAGUCCGCAGAAGCCACGAUGAGGAAGGCCCGCGUCUCCGUUCGCGCUCGAUCCGAGGCUCCCAUGAUUACGGACGGAUGCCAGUGGCGGAAAUAUGGACAGAAGAUGGCGAAGGGAAACCCGUGUCCUCGAGCUUAUUAUCGUUGCACCAUGGCCGUCGGUUGCCCGGUUCGCAAACAAGUCCAACGAUGCGCUGAAGACCGGUCGAUUCUGAUAACGACCUACGAGGGCAACCACAACCACCCGCUCCCGCCGGCGGCGAUGGCCAUGGCCUCGACCACCUCGGCGGCGGUCAACAUGUUGCUCUCGGGGUCGAUGUCGAGCGCGGACGGGAUCAUGAACCCGAACUUGCUGGCCAGGGCGAUCCUGCCUUGCUCAUCGAGCGUGGCCACGAUCUCGGCCUCGGCCCCGUUCCCGACCGUCACGCUCGACCUCACCCACUCCCCGAACCCAUUGCAAAUCCAAAGACCCCAACCCCAAUUCCAAGUCCCCUUUCCGGGCCAACCCCAAAGCUUCGGCUCAUUGCCUUCGCAGUCACUUCCUCAAGCCUUUGGGCAAGCCCUCUACAAUCAAUCCAAGUUCUCCGGCCUCCAAUUGUCUCAAGAAAUUGCCAAUUCGUCCCAAUUAGGUCAACAAGUCGCCUCGCUACCACAACACUUGCAACAACAAGCCGCCCACCACCACCACCACCAACAACAACAACCAACUUCGCUGUCCGACACGCUCAGCGCGGCCACGGCCGCCAUCACCGCCGACCCCAACUUCACCGCGGCUCUCGCCGCCGCCAUCUCCUCCAUAAUCGGCGGUGCGCAUCCCAACAACAGCACCACCACCACAACCAGCACCCCCGCCGCCGCGGCUGCCAGCAACAACAACAACACUAACACCAGCACGAGCAACAACAAGAUGAGCAGCUUCCCAGGAAAUUAGAGCUGGGUCCAUUUCCAUUUUCGUACUCACAAUUCCUUUGUUUUUAGCUCAAGUUAAUCCCUUUUUUUCUUUCUCCAACUUUUUUUCCCUUUCUUGGUCGGAUAAGAAUGAGAUUUACAUGUUCAUAGGUUUCGGUUCUUACUAUGUGGGAGGAAUUAGAACAUACCAUCAUUCUUUCUAUUGUUUUUACGAGAAAUAAUCUUAAAAUUCCAACUUUUGGUUUC